CCAAUUUGAAUAUGGAAAUUCGAUUCUUAAAGCAAAAUCAGAAUCAAUGGCAAUCGUACCUUCGAACAUCACAUGAAUCAGAACCCCAUGGCCGUCAAUCUCAGUUCCACCGCUUCUCUUCGCCCUGCACCUUCCUUUCUCCUCAGGAAAAACAAUUCCGUCCUCAAAUUCUACCCUUAUUCUUCAACCAGAACUCCUGCUCAGUCACAAGGGGCUGAGGCUGGAGUUACAGAGGAAGAUUCCCCGGCGGGACCUUUGUCCUCUGCCCGCUCACAGCUCGAUCUCUUGGAGCAACUUACAUCAACUAGCUCAUCAGUCAGUGGUUAUGAAAGUGAUGGCAGCUCUGGCAAACUUACUAUCCGUGAGCAGCUCGCACAGUUGGUAGGAGACAGAGAUGAUGAUUUCAGUAUUCCUUUGGGUAAAAACUUGAAGAAAGUGAGCGCCAGGUUCUUGACCAUUUCACAAAAGAGAAAUAUCAGGAGACAAGCUUACCUAAAUGAAGUUUCUCAAAGGAAUGAUUCGGUAUUCUUUGCCACUAUAGGAGCUUUUGUGAUUCUUCCUCCUCUUAUAAUACUAGGAAUUGCUGUGUUAACUGGUUAUGUACAGCUUUUUCCAUGAUAUGUGUUAUAUGAAAGAACGGCCACAUAAUAGAAUAUCUAAGAUCAUGACUUGUUUCCCUCUCUAGUCUUGUAUAGUGACUGUCGCUUCUCUUAUUUUACUUAGCAAGCGGCAAUAAGAAAUAGUACAACACUACUUCCCCCCCCCCCCAAACAUUCUUAAAUAGACUUGGUCCGUUCAAUAUUAAAUAAGUAGAGUAAGCCAGUUAUAAAUAUACAUUUAAGCA